UAUGAGAGCCCGAAAAUAUCCGAUCCAACACCGGUCUACUUCGCGGAACAUUUCGAUGACCCCGCGAGGUUCGAGAAGCUGUGGAUAAAAUCGCAGGCUAAAAAAGAAGGUUUGGAGGAGGACAUAGCAAAGUACGACGGAAUAUGGGCUCUUGAACCUUCUCAAAAGGAUAACCUUCCAGGCGACAGGGGGUUGGUACUUAAAUCCAAGGCUAAACAUGCCGCUAUCGCUUCGAACUUACUGAAACCUUUCGUCUUUGAUAAAAAACCGUUGAUCGUGCAGUACGAGGUCUUACUGCAAGACGGCCAGGAGUGUGGAGGUGCUUAUUUGAAGUUGUUGAGCGAGAGCAAGGAAACUAAAAAUCUCAACAGCUUUCACGACAAGACGCCUUACACGAUCAUGUUCGGGCCGGAUAAGUGUGGCAACGAUCACAAAUUACAUUUCAUAUUCAGGCAUAAGAACCCUCGUAACGGUACCAUCGAGGAAAAACACUGUCAGAAGCCCAAGGAGAGGCUGGAGGAGAUCUUUUCUGAUAAAUUACCUCAUCUUUAUACGCUCGCCUUAAAUCCAGAUAGCACCUUCGAAAUAUCCGUCGAUAAGAAUGUUGUUAAUUCGGGAAGCUUACUGGAGGACUUCGUGCCUCCUGUCAAUCCCGCGCGGGAAAUUGAUGAUCCCAACGACAAGAAACCUGAGGAUUGGGACGAGAGAGAGAAAAUUCCAGAUCCGGACGCCAAGAAGCCCGACGACUGGGACGAAGACGCGCCGGCCCAGGUGAUCGACGAGACGGCCGUCAUGCCCGACGGAUGGCUAGAGAACGAGCCCACUCACAUUCCGGACCCGAACGCUGUAAAACCGGAAGAUUGGGAUUCCGAUAUGGACGGGGAAUGGGAGCCGCCGCUGAUCGAGAAUCCCGUCUGCGAAACUGCACCGGGGUGCGGACCUUGGGAGCCACCGUUGGUAAAUAAUCCCGCGUUCAAGGGCAAAUGGCGGCCGCCCAUGAUCGACAAUCCCAAUUACAAAGGCAAGUGGAGGCCGAGGAAGAUCGCGAACCCGGAGUUCUUCGAGGACAGGGAACCCUUUAAGAUGCAUACAGUGUCGGCUGUUGGUUUCGAACUGUGGUCUAUGUCGAAGGACAUCCUCUUCGACAACAUAAUCAUCACCGACGAGAUUGCAGUUGCCGAGAAGUGGGCGGCCGAUACGUUCGACAAGAAACGUCAGAAGAUCGCCAAGGACUCGGAGAGCUUAAUCCAGAAAUUAGCAAACUUAACAAACGACUACCCGGUCCUGUGGGGAGUGUACAUCCUCGUCUUAGCAAUACCCGUAGUUUUCGUCUUGUACGUCUGCUGCCGACCCAGCUCCCCGGCUAGUCAAACCCAGGUAACUGCUACGCCGAUCGCUUUGACGAAGUUAUCCGAGGAAUAA